AUGACGAAGAUCUCGAGGACGACCAAAGACGUUGCCUCGGGCACGGCCGGGGGCAUCGCACAGGUGUUGGUGGGACAACCGUUGGACAUACUCAAAGUGAGGCUCCAGACGGCAGCGCCUGGAACAUACAAGGGCUUGGGCGAUUGUGCCAGUCAAAUUGUGAAGAGGGAAGGAUUACUUGGCUUUUACAAGGGCACUCUGACUCCGCUGCUGGGUGUCGGCGUUUGUGUGUCGAUUCAAUUUGGAGUCGUAGAGGCUGUCAAGAGGAGAUUCAAUGCUGAGAAUGCGAAAGUGGCAAGGACAGAUCUGAGCAAAGGGCAGCUCUAUGCAUCAGGUGCAUUAGCCGGUCUAGCCAACAGCAUCGUUGCAGGCCCUGUCGAACAGAUCCGAAUCCGGCUUCAGACACAACAGACUCGCCUCUAUGCUGGUCCGUUGGACUGUGCCUCUCAAAUAGUCCGUCAAUCAGGGCCUGCUGGCCUCCUUCGUGGGAUGCUCCCCACGAUGCUUAGGGAGUCGCAAGGCAUGGGCGUCUAUUUCCUUUCGUACGAGUUUCUGGUGCAGCGUCACUUGGCAGAAACGGGCAAGCAGAGGGCAGAUCUCCCCAGUGUAAUGGCCAUGCUCUUUGGAGCCUCCGCCGGGGUCGCACUCUGGCUAUCAGCCUAUCCCCUAGAUGUAAUCAAGUCGCGUAUGCAGACAGACGCCAUCUCGCCGUCGGAGAGGCGCUACAAGGGAUUCCUCGACUGCGCAUCAGACAUCUACAGGUCCGCUGGACCGAGAGGCUUCGUCAAAGGACUGGCCCCCACACUGGUUAGGGCACCGUUUGCUAAUGCAGCCACCUUCGUCGUUUAUGAAUGGGCUUCGAGACAACUGGAGCCCCAUGUCAAAUGA